UAAGGAUCUCUCUGCUGAAUCAGCCAAGCUCAUCCAGCCACACCUUCUUUCUUCUUGAGCUGUGUUUACCUUGAAGCUGAAUGUAUCCUGAAUGGCUAUGUUCCUACCGUCUGCCCAGAGGUCCACUAGCACCAGAAGACUCCAGAAAGAAGCAGCAGAGAUGAUGACCAGUCCCCCGCCCAACUGCAGUGGAGGGCCUAAGGGAGGUAAUCUAUUCGAGUGGACGGCCAGUAUAGAGGGACCGGCUGAGUCUGCUUAUGAAGGCGGUCAUUUCCUCUUGGAGCUGAGGUUCCCCUCAGACUAUCCGUUCAGACCUCCAAAAGUCAUCUUCAAGACAAGAAUAUACCAUUGCAACAUUAACAGCCAGGGGGUGGUGUGUUUAGAUUUGCUCCAGGACCAAUGGACCCCAGCCUUGAACGUGGGCAAGCUGCUACUGUCUCUCACACUACUGUUAAGCAACUGCAACCCCAACGACCCUCUGGUGGGAAGUAUAGCAAAGCAAUAUCGAACAGACAAAGAGAAACACGACGAUACAGCUAAACUGUGGACACAAAGAUACGCUAAAUAAAUUAUUUUCUUUUUAUCUAUUUUCAAUCAAUAAUUAUUAUCUAGAAAAUUAACAAUUUUAUUACUGUACAGUAUGAAUUCGAAUAUGCAGUUAUAGUUCUGCCACAGUGAA